AUGUCUUCACCGGUCUUGACCCAUGAGCUGGACGAUGCUGGCGAAUGGAUCGCCAAUCAUGUCGCGACAGACAGCACCGGGACCGUUCAUUCUAUCUGGUGCUGGUCGAAUCACAAAAUUGGCGCAGUUGCAAUCGGAGGGCAAAGAGCUGGCUCGUCCAUGGUUCACAGUAGUGGUACGGUGACCUCAGAGACGUGA